GGAUGUUUGGGGUUGGUGAGAGGUUCGGGGAGUCCGAUGCAGAUGGGUGACUUUGCAUGGAUGAUGGAUGGCUCUGGCGCCGACGCGUGGUCGAGCUUCUCUCGGAUGCGCCGAGGCUUAGCGGGGAGCACAGUGGUUGGAGGUGCUGGUGGUGCCACGACUCUGGGUUGCAUAAAAGCCGCCGAGCACUGGAGUCAAAACACAGGAGUGCACAGUUGACGAAAGAAAUCGGCGGCUCUGACUUUCCUUCUAGACUUGCCUUACUCCUCCCACCACGCCCCUUCCACCAUCAUGAACAACCAAGGAGGACUCAGCGGAGCCCACAUCUGGUCCAGCAGGAACGUCGGCGGCCAUAUUAACUUCCGCUUCAUGAGGCGGCCCAUUGGAUGGCUGAAGAAGCUCGAGGACGAUGUGUACAAGAUUCGAAGCCCCGAGAUCGAAAAUAACCAGCAGUGGACCAGAAGCCCGCUCGAGUUCAACUCUCGAUGCUGGCUCCAUGCUGAAAUGGCCCCAAACGGGGAUCCUGAGGAGUACGAGCGCGAGUUAAAGAGAUGGUAUCCCGUGUUGUCGCAGAGCUACGUUGUUGACGAGGAGAGGGAGCGAACACUUUUCUACGAGCACAAGGAAACGGGGGAACAGGUGAAGGUGGUGGACUAUCAUCGCUGGACAGUUUAUAGCGAUGGGAGUUAUGAUGAGUACAACAUUCUCGACGCUCUGGACGAUCGGCGGAAACCUCAAGAUCAAAACAAACCGACGGCCGACAGACCAGAAUUUACGGCGGACAUGCCGGCAGACGGACAACCACUGACGGAAGGGGUGGAGUUUACGAUUGACAGCGCGUGGCAAGACGACCUCGACGCCAUCUGGGCUGGUGAGCGUGGCAUCCCUUGCCUGAUCAAGCGCGAAGAAGACCGUCCCGGGCUAAAGUACUCCGAAUUUCUCACUCUCAACGAGACGCCGUUCUCCAAAUCCACGUUUCUUAAAGGAACCGACACCUCCCAAUACCGGGUAAUUCAUGGCACGGGUGUCGACAACUUCACCAACUGGGUCUGGCUCUACCGCCGCGCCAGAGCAAACGGCGAGACUUCAACCAACCCAUCCUCGGAAUACCACGGACCCUGCAUCGUCCUUCUGGCCAAGAUCAAGUGGAGAGUAGAACACAACCACCACUAUAAGUACGACGAAGACGGAAAGCUUUUUGGCGUUGACCCAGCUGGCAGCAAGACAACGCUCCUCGACGACAAUUCAAACCCGGUCGAUGCGGAAUGGAUGUACUUCACCCCCUUAUCCUCUCCCGAAGUCCAUCACACCCGCCCGACAAAGGCCGAGUCUAACGGUCGGCCGCUUGAGUUUCCCGACAUUCGCUUCGACAGCGACAUCAGCCGCUGGACGCAGUGGGACGUCUACCAUGCGAAGAAGAACGCUGAUGGCGUCCUGGGAGAAUUCGAGCCCAAGUCGCGCUAUGAUAGGUGGUUUCGAACGAUUCUGGAAGGGUCUGAGGAUAUUAUGAAGAAUCGUAUGGAGAGAGAGAUCAACCCCGAGUUGCAUUUGCUUCUGAAUGAGGCAAGGGCUGAGUUUGGGGGUGUCAAGUUCAGACCGAAGGAGGCGCCGGGCAUGUUCAAGCCUCUGUCUAAGGGUGACAGUUUCACGAGAGGUACCACCCGUGGAGGACGUGGUGGUAAUUCAGGGGUAUUCCUUGGGGCGAGGGGUAACAGAGGCGGGAGCAGUACCUGACACCCAUAGGAAGAGAGCCGAACGCGAGGAAGCCCACGUGAGCAGGAACUAAGAAGGAGAAAGACAAAGACUUAGAUAACGAUUAGUGGAUUCCGCACGUAGCUAGUAAGGAAUACUUGGAUCGCCUGGGUUGCUGUAUCGCGCUCUAUGAGAAAAUUUUCC